CGUCUGCAUUUCAGGCUAGUAAAGUGUGUCACUUCAGCUGUUCAGUAUCUUGAAAGAAGGUCAAAUAACCAGAAAAUAUGGCAAAAAAAUUAGUGGAAACUGAACGCAUACGACUUGGAAGUGGAAGACGGAUUCCAGUACUUGGAUUAGGAACUUGUGCUCCCUUGCAUGUACGUAAUUAUACUAAUGAUUGUGGAUUAUUUCUGUAGAUCUCGUCUAGACUAGUAUCUAACUUUGCGUGACAGCGCUGACGGUUAUCAGCUGAUCACGUCAACGACACGGCAUGCGGCAUGCCGCAUGCACCCAUAGCCCAUAGUUGCCGUACACCCCCGCCAUAGUCAUUUAUUAUGGAUUUAACAUAAAUAACGAAAUUUUAUAAUUAAAAUGUAGUUGGUCUAAGCCAUGUUAGAUAUUAAACUUUUAAAACAAUAUUUUUCAAUGAAAAAUAUAAUCAGAUUAAUCAUCACAUGUCACAUGGUCUACUAAAGCGGAAAAAAGCCUACUUAGGCUUAGGCUUAGGCCUAGGCUAUGCUAUACACGGCUAUACUUUUAUAAUUUGUAUUUAAAAUUGAUAUUAGCUCUAAAAACGUUUAAAAAUCUAUACUAUAUAGUUUUAAAAUGCUUAUAAAAUAUACAGUAUAAUACAGGGCUUAUUUUUUGCUUAGGUCUACUCUUAGGUCGACACCUUCGCCUUCAUUAUGUCAUUAUUCAUAGUAAUAAGUAUAGUGAGUGUAUAGUUUAGAGUAAUCAUAGUCCACUUGGUCAUUGUCAGACAGAAAUUGAGUUACUCAUAUCAUAUAUAUAGUCAAUAUAGAAGACUAUAAGGAUAGUGUGAAAGUUAUGGUAGAGAGUAUAGACAUUGAUGAUAGUAUUACAUGUCAUAGUGAUAGUCAUGAGUCACAGUGACACUGACUUAGCCUGUGGCAUUGCAGUGUCGCCAGGUGUGGGGCCAGAAUUUUGCCGCUACCCUGCCAUGAAAUAACUAUACAUUUGGAUAAAAUUUAAAAUGCUGCCCUCCAUUUAGAGAAAAAGGGGCCACAUGGGUCAGCCCCCUCCACUUUCCGCAAUCUCUUUUUAUGCCACGCCCACUGGACUUUGCAUUUUCUGAAAAUGGUUUAUCUUUGUUUUGCAGCACAGAUCGUUUGUCUUAACAGGCAAUUUGAAAUGUCAGUUUUUAUCCUUGUCAUGCCUGUAUUUGAGCUUUUAAAAUCUUUCCACAUUAUGAUUUUGUUCCUUGGGAUGAAUAAUCUGACACCUGUUGGUGGCGUGGAAAUUUGGGUGCGGAGGGGGGCACUUUUUGCUUUAUAUGGCCAGGUUUGACUUACUGUAGCUUAGCCACUGACACCUGUAUCUAUAUUUUUCACCCAGUCAGUAAUUGAAAUGAAGCUACUUUCUGUCUGAUAUAAGGAAGUAUUAAUGUUUAGUAGGCCCCUACAGUUAAGCGCUGUCACAGUUAAGUAUUGUGUUUUGGUAAUAGGGCCUACUUAUCAAUGCAUCCAUCUUUAUUUUCAUAAAUUAGGGAGAAGAGGAGAUUAUAGAAUCUGUUAAAGCUGCUGUACGUGCUGGAUACAGACAUAUUGACUGUGCUGCCAUCUACAGGAAUGAGCGUGCUGUGGGUCAUGCUCUUAAAGAGCUUUUUGUGAUGGGAGUUGUAAAGAGAGAAGACCUGUUCAUUACCAGCAAGGUAUGUUGUUCACCGACAUAUUUCAGAGUCCAAGAGGGUACAAAUCCGACUAAUUUCAUUGAAACUCAGUUAUCAAGACUCAUUUUUGACCCAGCAAUGAAUGUCUGAAAGAGAAGAAAGCAUCCCCAAUUCUGCUAAAUGAGUCAGAAUUAAAGUCUAGCACUACAUUAUGUAGGGGGGGAGUUGGGGCACAGUGGAUCAGAAAUCUUAUUUUUAUUAAUAUUCAAAAAUUUUUCACAGAUAUUUUAAUGUUGCAUGUGGACAUUGAUUGUAUUAAAUAAUGGACUUGGAUAGGAAUCCUUAAAAUGUGGCUAAAUAUAAUAUUCUUGCUCACAGAGUGUUUCAAAGUAUGCAGGGGUAAGUCAUUCACUGUGCCCCGGUAUCGGGGCACAGUGAAUCACUACCUGGGGCACAGUGAAUCAAUAUGGAAAACGAAUCAUUAUCUGUGGCUUACGUAAAAUUGACUUAAAUUAUAGUGAGGGUAUUGAAUUUAAGGCUAUUAUUGCACUGAAUGUUAUUUUUCACAUGAGAACCUUAUAUAAACUUAAAUACAGUCAUACAACCUACUGAUUUUUUUAACCAUAGACUCAAUCACUCUGAAAAACGUAGGCAAACAAUUUUUAAAUGAGUAAUUUAUUUAUUUGUAACACCAAACUAUUUCAAUUAUAACAUAUAAAAUGACAAGCAAACAAUAAUUGGAAAAAAAUCAUCAUAGAAAAUUGCCAUAUGCUGAUAAAUCAACAUUAAAUUUGAAAUGGUGAGCAACUCGAGCCGUUCCUCUGUGGAGCAAUGGCCUGGGCAAUUUAACAAUGACUCUUCGUCAUUAUCAUAAUUUUGGCUGCAUUUAUAUUUGGGUGAAAACGAAGUAGGACAAUGUAUGAUCUAAUCCAGAUUGCAGUGGGCUUUUGGACAUAUCUGCGGAGACUUGAAAAUUUAAUGUUGGUGUCUUUGCUAACAGUCCUAAUAGAUUUUCCCUCCUCCAAAACAUGGGAGCUAUGGCCUGGGAAACUUAACAAUGAUUCUUAUUGAUUAUCAAAAUUUUGGCAGCAUUUAUAGUUUGGUGAAAAUGCUGUACGGUCUAGUCCAGAUUGCUUGGCUUUUUCGACAUAUCUGCGGAGACUUGAAAGUUUAAUGUUGGUGUCUUUGCUAACAGUCCUAAUAGAUUUUCCCUCCUCCAAAACAUGUGGUACAGCCUCCUUCAUGGCUUUCUAACCAUUUUAUCUGGGAGAGAAAAAAAGAAACACUAGUGAAUUAUUGAGAAAACAAUCAUUCUAUUAAAGAAUAACUAUUUAUUUUAUAAUGUCAUAUAUUACUCUUCACUGCUAAUAAAAACUAGGCCCUAUUCAAACUUUUUCUGAUUUAAGUUAUAUUCCACCAACUUGAGUUUAAAAUAUGUAUGUCACUAUUUUAAAAUAUUAUUAAAGAGCAUAAAUGGGGCACAGUGAAUCAAUAGCUUAAAUGAUCCACUGUGCCCCGUACUAAAAAAAAUAAACAAAUUGAAUUUUCUGCUACAUGGCUGGCUGUAUAGGACUGGUAAAUUGUUUGAAUAAAUGCUACUAGGUCAAUAAUGCCAAUCAAUUACUUCGAAUUCGUUAAAUCUAAAUAAUUUAACCUGUGAAAUAAAAUUAGAGAAGGUCCUAAAAUUUACUUUUGAUAGUAAAAAACAUACUUUACCUUGUAAAAUUUCAAAUUGACGUUAGAAAUAACAAAACUGUAUGAAUACAGUUGGCGGAUGUAAUUGCGCAAUUAUGAUGACACCAGCAACAAAAAUUUACUGGUGAUUUGGUAGAAAAUACCACUGAUUCACUGUGCCCCUUGAUCCACUGUGCCCCGACUCCCAUAUGUCACUAUAUUUAUAAGACAGGUAAAGAUCGCAGUAAAGAUCACAGUAAAGAUCACAACACCAAACUUAAAUAUAACCACUGGCAUUAUUUUAACAUUUACAUAGGACAUAGUCAGAAAAUUAUUAAAUGCUCUGUAUGUCUUCAACUAUCAGGAAUUAUACCUACUGCAUCUGAUUAUAAUUUGUCAGAAUGUUUGAGUUUCCACUUUAUAUUAUUAUGUUAGAAACAGAUGGACUUCAGAUAAAAUUAAACUAACUUAGGCAUUAGUGUGACAAGAGUAGCUUUUGUACAGUGCAUAUUUUAGCAACAUUAUGAUCAGUGACAUUGUUUCUGUAAGUCAUUUCAGUAGUUUUGAGAAUGUUUAAAAGUUUUAACUUUUAAUUUUAUUUCAGAUUUGUACAACAUUUUCCAGACAGAUCGCUCACUUUUUUUGUGUUUGUUUUUAUUUUCUAGCUGUGGAACACUUGUCAUAAACCAGAUUUGGUUCUUCCGAGCCUGAAAAAGACACUAGAUGACCUCGGCUUAGAAUAUGUUGAUCUCUAUCUCAUACAUUGGCCAAUGGCGUACAAAGUUAGUUGUUGUUUUUUUUUAAUUGAACUCUGGGCUUUGUAAUAGAAUGAAAAAUAAACAAACAUUUGACAUUUUGUCAAUAAUAUUAAAAUUUAAAGGCCCAAACCUAAUGGGACAAUUAUAUAUGUGAAAAGGGUCUGUUGUUCACUUGCUUUACAGAAAAGAUUAUUUAAUAGACCUCGUGUAAUUUGAGUGACCUGACUUCUCAUUCUUGAUUAAACGGAAAUUUUGACAGUGAGGUCAAGUGUACUGUAUUAUAUUUCUUUUUGAAUGACCAGGGUUUAUAAAAUCUAAAAGUCAGUUAGUUACCAGUAUUAAGAGACAGAACUGACCAACUCCUGCCUUAUGGGCUGUUCAGUGUCCUCCACAUGCACCAGCCCGCCACUCUAUGUACUGUGUUAGCUGUAUCCUCAGUCAGGGGGCCUAGCAACCUAACUACCAUACAUCACUCUUGAAAUGUGCCACUAUUCUUGUGAGAAAGUUACUUUAAAUCUUUUUUAUAUUUGUUCCAUUGCUAAAUUGCAAGUGCUAGAUGCUCAGCUUUGGUCUCUGAGUUCUUGAGAAGUAUAAUUAGCAAGCCUAGAUAAUGAAACUUGUAAACAGAGUCACAAAAUAGAUUGAGAUAUUAAUCCUACAUGUACUAUUGAGAUAUUUAUCUUACAUAUACUACGGAUGAUCCAUAUAUUUGCAUUAAUACUGUUUCUUCAGGAGGGAGGGGAGUUGAAUCCCUUGGAUGAAAAUGGGAAAGCCAUCAGUUCUGAUGUUGACUUUAUCGACACUUGGCAGGUAUGUUUUAAAAUUGCCAACUCAAAUGAAAAACUUUAAUUAUGAAAAUUCCUCAAUUGGAAAGCAACAUUUCUGUUUACAAUUGAAGACCACAAGGGAAAAAACGGCAGAGUCACAUUUUUGUUGUUUUGAGAUAUUCGAUUUUUAAAGUUCAAAACCAUGCACAUUAAAAAUGUGUAAACAAAAUGUAAUUUUUAAAAUGCAUUUCACAAGAGUGUCCAUUUCCCUGAGUUAUUAAAUAGAUGAAUUAAUUCAAACUUGAAUGUAACAUGAUUUAUUUCAUUAUAGUAGAGAGUGGGGUCAAAAUGGACUCUGCCGUUUUUUCCCUUGUAGUAAUUUAUCAAGGUUUGAUCAUUGAUAAAUAUCUAUUUAAAACUAUUUUAUAAGUAAAUUUUCACAUUUAGGGGUCACUGGCAAAUUACUUUUGCCUCAGGUAUUAUAGUAUGGUACCAUGAAACUCGGUUUUCUAGUAAUACUGCAUCUUAUCAUUAUGGCAGUGGUUCUCAACCUUCUUAAUGCCGCGACCCUUGAAUGCAGUUCCUCAUGUUGUGGCGACCCUCAACCAUAAAACUAUUUUCGUUAGUACUUCAUAACUGUAGAGGAUAUGCAUUUGCCGAUUGUCUUAUGUGACACCUUUAAAGGAGUCAUUCGACCCAUAAAGGGGUCGCCACCCACAGGUUUAGAACUGUUGCAUUAUGGGAAAAUGUUGAAGAAUAAAAUAAUAUCUUAGUUUAGUUAUGAAAAUUGUAUGUAUGUUUUGAAUUUUUUUAGGUGAUGUGACAGGGGGGGGGGGAAUUUGUGACAUUUCGUGACAAGGGGAGGGGGUGUCUAAAAAGUUUAUUUUUAACAUGAUGUAAUUUACGAAUGACCCCUGCCUUAGGCAAAUUAUUUAUGUUUAAACUAUUAAUAUAAGAAUAUCUAUCAUGCCUAUAACUAUCAUUAAAAAAAUAUAUUAUUUAGAAUUUAACCUGAAAAUCAGAUUUAAAAUCAUACUUUCUGAGUUUCUGAUGUGCUUUUUACAAUUUUGGCCCAAUAUUAUUUUUUUUUCUCUAGCAGUAGCUGUAACUGUAUGAACUUAAGUUUAAGAGUAAAGUCAGUAAAGAGUAACAGACAGAGAUAGCAAGACAGACUCUUGAAGAUAAAGAGUUCAGGGGGAGUCAGACACAGAGUUAGAGCGAAAGGGAGAGAGAUAUAAAAACUAACUAAGAUAGACUGACAAGGAGAGACACAGACAUGCAACAAACAGUGAUAGACUAGACUUGACUAGAGCGACAGCGAAAGAGACGAGAUGGAUACACACAUUAAUUAACUGAACAUAACAAAACAAGGGUAAUAUGCGAUUUAAAAUACAAAUUUUAUUUUUUUUAAUGUUUUAAUUCCAAUUUAUUUUGUUUUCUUGUGGUAGGAAAUUAAAAAAAUUCAGGUCUGUCUGUUAACUUUUUCGCCGGUUUGUCGGUCAGCUGAGCGAAUCGGUCGCCAUCUUUAAAUUUUGUUUACACUAGAGCUAUCUCUCAUUGGACCUUUAAAUCACGUGACCUCAAAUGUCACGUGAUAUUAGUGACUUAGCCCCCUUUUCCAUUGUAAACAUUGGACUAUGCUUCUUUUUCCAUUGUAAACGGAUUUUUCGUUUCCAUUUUUCUUAUGGACUUAGCCAUUUUUUUCUCCUUUAAACUUAAUUCAGCACCUUCUAUUUUUAACUGGCUAUAAGUCAGGGGUGAUAACUCAAAAAAAUUAAAAAUGGACUCUGCCGUUUUUUCCCUUGAGGUCUUCAAUUUUUAAUUAUUGUCCCAUGCACCAUAAACAUAUAUUGACACAAGAGAAUUACCCAUCUGACUAAUCAUGUUACAAAUAAUGUUUACUAAUCAUAUUAAAUAUGCAUAGACUGUAGAAAGAAGUAAACCAUACCUUAGAUACACAAAAGAUAUUUUAUUUUCUUGACGUGCCCACAAAUUAAAUAAGUGUAAUUUAUUUUCAAUUUUGAUCACUCAGCAAUGAAAUGCGCAAUCCUUAGGCACAUUUGAGCAAAAUUUGAAAUCUAUUAUAACUUUUUACCUGCUAGUUACAAGUUAUAAUUAUGCAUUUAUGUACAUAGAAAUUGGAGACAAACAUAUUUUAUGCCGUCUUUCAAUUUAUAUAGAUUUAGAUUGAUUAAUUUUAAAAGAAGAAAAAAUGAAAUGAGUGAAACAAAGUAUGGGAAAACCUGAAAAAAUGAACGCAACAAAACAACGAACAUGUCGGCAAGAAGCCUUCAUCAUUGAACAGACAACAGUUGUGUUACUUUUUUCAGGUUUUCCCAUACUUUAUGCACUCAUUUCAUUUUUAACUAAUCUGAUUGCAGUCUCCUCCCCUAUUUCCAUAUUAAAAGAAGAGCAGAACAAUUCUAUUACUAAAAUAAUUUCAGUAUAUAGAUCUGCAGAACAAUUCUAUUACUUAACUCUUUCGAUGCUAAACAACGCACACUGCGUUCUUCCGCCGUUCUAAAAAGCAUGGACCAACACGCUGUGCGGUUGUUUCAAUAUCAUGUUUGUUUUUUCAAUAUCAUGUUUGUUUCUUUUUUUUCUUGGUUAAACUUUUUAAGAGCUAUUUUUAAAUAAUACUUUUACAUGGAACUUCAUUGUUUAUAAGCGAAACCAAGUUUAUUUGUUGACAUUUGAAGCAUUAUUUUAACAAUUUUCUUCGCGUUUUUUUUUUCUUCUGUUGCUAUGGCUACUCUAGGCCCUAGUAGGUAAGAUUCCAAGACAAUUAACAGUUUAAAAGCUUUGGAAUUGUUUUAUACUAUUUCUUUUGAUAGUGAAGAUGAUUUAUAUUUAGAUGCAUCACAUGAUUCUGAUAGUAGUAUUUGAUAGUAGUAUUUUUAGAGGAAUUGAGUUAUAGAAGUGAAGAUGAGGUAUGCGUACAACAUAGCGUUGGGGAAAAAAUGGUUUAGCAUAAAAUGUUUUCACAUUUUAUGGUUCUUUUCUGUUAUUUAUUUUAUUUAAAGUGAAGAAAUAAGUGUACAAACAUCUAGUCCUUUCAAUUAUCUUUCAUUUGUUACCAAGUUUAUAAACCAAACAAUAAUAUUUUAAAUAUUUUUUAAUAAACCCAACCUCUCACUCUUUUUCCGCUCUUUGAAAAAAUUCCGCAGCGAAAGAGUUAAAUAAUUCCAGUCUAUAGAUCUGCCAAACAAUUCUAUUACUUAAAGUUUUCCAGUAUAUAGAUCUGCAGAAAAAUUCUAUUACUUAAAUAAUUCCAGUAUAUAGAUCUGCAGAACAAGUCUAUGACUUAAAUAAUUUUAGUAUAUAGAUCUAUCCUCCCCUCCACCCCCUGUCCGUCUUUUCUGAUAAUGUCGGUUUUUAUUUAAAAUGUAUUCUUUUUAUUUUCUUGUAUUAGGCCCUGGAAGAUUGCAGAGAUAUGGGCAAAACACUGGACAUUGGUUUGAGUAAUUUUAACAGUGAUCAAAUUCAAAGAGUCUUAGAUUCUGCCAGAAUUCCACCAGUUGCUAUUCAGGUUUGUAUGUAACAAGACUUUGUGUCUGAAUGAUAAACUAGGGAUGAGUGGAGCUAGGAUGUGGACCUUGGAGUGGUUCUGUGUUUACAGUCAUUUAAAGAAAAUUAGAUUACAGUGUCUGGAAACGCAGACAACGUAAAUAAUAAUGCAUUUACUUUUUUAAAACAAUCUUUUAGCUGGAGGUCAACUGCCAUAACACUAAUUCCAAACUGAUUGAAUUUGCCAAGUCCAAAGGCCUAACUGUUAUAGCCUUUGCCCCCCUAGGUACACCGAGCAAAAAGUAAGUCCUGCCCUACAUUCAUACGUACAUUCACACGUUACAUUUAAACAAAAUAAAUGUCAAGUGUGCAUAGCCCUUUUCACACUCACUGCCCUGGUCCAGAAAGUUUGGUAAUUCAGUAUGUAAUAUGUAAACGGCUGAAUACAUCGAUAGGCAGGUUAAGAUCUGAUAACCUGUAAUGUUUCCAUACUCUUUUUAAAUAUAUUGUUUAUGUUUCCAGUGAGCUUUUUUCAAUGGCUUCAUGUAUGAGCAGGGUUAAAACUAUUUGUUUUGAUUAUUUAAGCACAGGUUAAUUAUUUUUUAAUGAUUGGGGAUGAUGGCUAGCUUUACUGUUUAGUAAAAGUUCACUAGUUAAUAUAGGUUAUUGUUUAACUUAAGAAUAUGCUAGCCGAAUGUCUCUUGAUUUUGACUUUAAUCAAAUUUUCUGGUUUAUUUUCUCCAAACUUUGAUUUGUUCUCUCUUCAAUUUUAUCCAUUUGAAAUAACCAUGUCAAAGCAAUGGAAGAAGAGCCAUUUAUAAACUGCUACAAAAUAAUUUGAUAUAUAUUAUUUAAAACACGUGGAAAGGGAAAAGUGUUAAAAUGAACAAUAAGUUUGUUUAUUUAAUACAUAUAAAUAGCGUGUUCAUGUUAUGUUUUUCUUAUAACAGGAUUGUAAUGAUAUGUUGGUUUUAUUAUAACAGAAAUUUAAUGUUAUGUUGCUUUUAGUAAAGUAUAACAGGAUGGUAAUGUUAUGUUGGUCUUAGUAUAACAGGAUAUUAGUGUUAUUACUUUUAUAUGGGUCUUCUUAUAACUAAUCAAAUAAAUCCUUCUAUUAACUCACUCAGCCCUAAACAUACCAAACUUGUGGACGAGACCGUUCUUAAAGAGAUUGCUGCUAACCAUGGCAAGACACCUGCACAGGUAAAACUUUGUGAAUAUCUUUACACUUGCUUCUGAAAAGCUGCUGUGACACUGCCCCCCCACCCCCCCCCCCUCCUCCUGCCUCCCCUCCUCUCCCCAUCAGUUUUAAUUAAUUUCAAGAUUCAUAAAUACAAUUUGCUAUAAUGUGGCUGUCUAAGUAUCAAUAGCCACAAAGAGAAGAAUUAGAUCAAUGACACAUACUUGGGUAUGCAGCCAUUUUUAAAUGACAGAUGCCAUCCUAAUAGCUACUCUACAUUCAUUGCUCAUUGAAAUCUGUUUUGUAAUUUACAUGAAACAUGAGAUAUGCACUUUGAUUGAGUACCAGAUGUAAAAUUUAAAUGGAUGCACUAACUAUUUGAAGACUUCCAUUAGAGGUAACCAUAGCAACAAUCUAACCUUAGCAACAAUGCAACCUUAGCAACAAUGCAACCUUAGCAACAAUGCAACCUUAGCAACAAUGUAACCUUCGCAACAAUGUAACCUUAGUAACGGAGAGUUUUUCAUUAAUUUAUUUUAUUUCGAAUGCUUUAAAAAAAAAAGACUGUAGAUCCACCAGUCAAAUGGGGACUGGUGAGAGCGGGAAUGUAGAUCCACCAGUCAAAUGGGGACUGGGAGAGGGGCUAUGACCAUUUUAUAGGGCAUUAAUAUGUAUCUAUUUUAUUGCCAUACUUAUUAUUUGUUAUAUUACGCCGAACCUAGGUGGCAAUCAGGUUUUUAAUUCAGCAAGGCUUGGCUACAGUUCCAAAGAGUGUUACACCCAAACGUAUUGAGGAAAACACCCAGGUAAGAUUUGCACUCUAGUUUUUUUAGUUUUGUUUUCUACAGUAUUCAUUGCAACUGCAUGAAGUAUAGUCUGAUUGGCAGAAUUUGUGAUGCAUAAAGUAUAGUCUGAUUGGCAGAAUUUGUGAUACAUAAAGUAUAGUCUGAUUGGCAGAAUUUGUGAUACAUAAAGUAUAGUCUGAUUGGCAGGAUUUGUGAUAUAUGGCUUAUAGUCUGAUUGGCAGAAUUUGUGAUAUACUAGAUGUACUAAAUGUAAAAGAUAUACUUGACCUCUGGUUGUUAUUAAUUAAAACUACAUUGAAUUAUUUUAUGCUACAAAUUUUGUUUUCGAAUGGGUUUUCAUUUACCCUAUGAAAUUCCUUUAUUAAAUAUAUUGUUGUUUCUAUAAAAUAGGGCAUGCGUCAUUUUGCUUUUAUAAAAUGGGGUCACGACUCAAAACAGGUGGGAAAUCUGUAUACUACUAGACAGAGAAAUUUUAAAAAAUAACUUUUAUAUAACUUGGGGCUUUGUUUCACUGACACGCCCCUUCGUUUCUAUUUCUUGAGCAAGCCUAUUGCGACUUUCAUAGUUUUGUACGACUGUUUAAUAAUUAGCACACAGUGUCAAAUAAAUACAUUAUUAAUUUAAAUAUGUAAAUGCACAUUUUGAAUGAUCUGAUGCACACCUUACCCAUUGUUUUUGGUGCACUUUAUUUAUUUGUAACUGUUUCCUGAGUUAGUGUAAAUUGUUAAAACUAAGAUGGACCAGUGAGUGUUGCUUGUGGCCAAUAGGUUAUUGUUGUUGGACAUUCUGGGGUCAAGAUCAUUUAUGCCUGAUUGGCAUUGAUUAUCAAAUGCACAGCAAACACUAUCAUUCCAAGAAAGAAGACUCUUUAGUACAUGACAAAUUUCUCUUAUAAAACUUUCUUGAUCAAUCUAUGUCUUAAUGUUACCUUUGGUUUGCAUGGCUUAAUGUCACCGUGCUACAUUGCAUUAAAUUGCAGUACAUUCUGCACAGGGACCUUUCUUUUCAAUACCGUACAUGAAAACAUGAAACACCACCCAAUCAAAACAUCUAUGUUUGGCAACAGCUCAAGACUAGAGCUCUGUUCAUUAUAACAACACCACACAAUCAGGGAUUCUCAAAUAUCAUCUGUUUAUUUUUAUGAUACCUUUCAGGUGUUUGACUUCAAGCUAAGUGGAGAAGAAGUGUCCAAGCUGUCGAGGUUAAAUAAAAAUUACAGAGGCUAUGAUGAAAAAAUGUGAGUUAUCUUAUCGGUUUGAUGAUGGUCAUGUCAAGGAUGUCUAUUAUUAUGGACUGCAUUUUUAUUGCUCUGUUCCUUUUUUUAUUCUCCUUCUUUACAAUGGGACUUGAACCAGUGUUGUAUGAAGGUGCUCGGGGGGGGGGGGGGUUGCGUGGAAGGACAGCCAUUUUUUUCUUUUUUUCUACCGAGGGGCAGCAUAUUUGGCCAAGUGCAGAGUUUUUUUUCCAUGGAAGGGGUGGCAAAAAGCAUGCCCCACGCUAGGUGGCACCCUAGCUACACCCUGAUGAAUUAAUUAUUCAUGGGCUUCAUUUAGAUAGGCAUCGUUUGAGAAACACAUUUAGUUUUUUUUUUAAUCAUUCACCUUGUUGAACUAUUGUUUUAAAGAAAGUUAGUGUCUUUUAUAUGUCUGAUUCUUGUAUCAAUUCAAAGAAAGUGAUUGUCAUAUACGUCUGACUCGUUACAAAUUUUACCAAAUGUCACAUGAUAUUUUGGGGCUUGUAGGGUGAUGCAGUGAGCCGUUUGUUGCUGAUCUUAGAGAGAUUGUCAUUAUGGACUCAUUCUUGGGUCUCUAGUAUCUAACUGCCGAACCCCAUGACACCCCUCGCCCCUCUGAUAGAAGAACCUAGAAAAAAUAAAACAUUCAGGUCACAUGAACUCAUUUCAUUUGUUAUUUAUUUUAAUUUGUAAUUUCUGGGGGGCACUGGUAACCUAGUGAGCACCUUGACCUAAAUUAAAAUUUCCAGGGUCAUCCCCUCAGUUAUGAGUAAAGUGACCAGGGUGGAUGGAUCAGUUAGCUGCAUAAGGUUAGAUUUCAUAGUAACUAGCGAAACACAGCAAAAACCACCAAAACAGCCUAACUCAGCUCUGUAGGUCGGAAGAAUGCUGUCAACUUGGCGUGGGAAUAGAAAUAAGCUGAAUGUUUUGUAUGUAGUCUUAAUAUUUUAGUUCCUCCUGCACAAUAAAUCCUGAAAUAUAAAAACACAUUUCGCAACGUGUAAUUUGUGUUUUGUGUUUCCGACUGUAUUUUCAGAGCUGUUGAUCACCAGUUUUACCCAUUCAAUGCCGAGUUCUGAAGCUGUGUUUCCUGAAGAUGGCAUUCUUCUUGUAUCUGCAUUUGUGACAUUACCAAGCUCCUGCCACAUGUAAUAAUAUGGACCCGCUCAUUGUUGCACCUGUAUUUUUGCUCUGACUCAUCUGUAAUAAUUCAUUAUAGGGCUCAUGUGAUUGUAGUAGUCUUCUCAGGUGGCCAAGAUAGAUAUUGGCCGGGACAGGUAUUAAUACGUUUUUUUAUUUGUAUUCUUUUGCUCAUCCUCAAAAAUUUAAUCUGCUAUUAUUUGUUUCUGUAAAAAAGAAAAUAAACUUCCCAGUGAUAUAUAUAUUUUUAAUAAUCAGGUACUUAAAUAAUUGAUCCGUCAAAGAUCAUCUUAGAUGGAGUCUGUGUGAGGUGGUUGGCCAUCUAUUCAAUAUUUUUUGUAUAAACAAACGUCUUUGGUCUAUCACCUGCAUUUAUUGAAUUUGUGCGUCACAUGGGAUUCUGUUCAACUUAGGUAUCCUUUAACUCCUGGGACUUGUUUAUAUGAAAUAAAUACUGUGCAGCAGUCUUUAUUGGCUAAUAAAUAGACUGUCUUGAAAGCCUUCAUUUUGAUGAGUGCGUUACCGUAGAAAUCUUCUCUCUCCGCCCUUAGAGCAAACCCUCUCAAAGACAUUUUAUUUAAUUUGUAAUAAAUAAAAAUCCUUUUUUAAAAAAAAAUCUGUUUGCAUCUUAUUACAUUUUUGAAAUAAGUACAAUGAUAAUUUAAAAUUAUGCCCACAUUUUUAUUUGAGCCCUCGUUUUUUGUUUUUUUUCUUGAUGUGUUAUGAAUAAUUUUUUAACAGUCAUUGAACUAGUUAAUGUUUUGAAGCUUUAAUUUGUGUAAAAAAAACAUUUUUUUUUUCACUUCAGCUGUAAUUUUUUUUUUUUUUCUUUUUUUUUAAAAAUUGUUAAUAUGUACUUUUGAUGUAUGCCAUACCCACUAACAGAAUUAUGUUGUUGGGUGGGUUGGGUGUUUUUCUGUUUGGUACAGUCACAGCAGACGUAUUCUAUGCAGAGAGAAUUUUUUUUUACAAAAUCUACCGUGUCCGAACGUACAUGAAAAAAAUAAUCUUUAAGCAUCUACGCACUAUUGGUGUCAUUUAAUAUAUUGUAAGCUUUAACCAAUUCUUUAUCUUUUAAAUGAGUUUUCUUCGAUGAGUUAUGCUCUAUUUCUGUGUUAAAGGGUUGUUAAAUAUAUUGAAAGUUUUAUCCAAAUCUUUAUCGUUUAAAUUAUUUUCUUGGAUGAGUUGAGCUCUGUUUCUGGGUAAAAGGGAUGAACCCCAUGUAAUAGAGGUUAGGUCCAUUUUUGGUGUUUUCAGUUUCGUGUAUAAUGGCUUAGAUGCAUAGUCAAAUGAUUUAAUACCAUGUAAAUUGGGCUAGUUCCAUGUAGGAGAAAUAAGUAUUCAGGCUGUUGGACAGAACUAUGUUGAUAUAGUGCCAUACGUCGGAUGUCAUCAUACAUAAUUUUACAUACACACAUAAUUAGGCAUACUAUUUUGCUUGGCAACAACUAUUGAUAAAUUCC